AUGACAAGCUUCUUCAACUUGCAGACAUGCGUGAUCGCAGCGGCGCUUCUGGACGACAAGCAAUUGGGACGUGGGGUCUGCUACCCUGCGCGGCCCGACCUGCCAACGGCGCUGCCUGCGUGGUUUGUGCUUGAUGGCAUCCCGUGGGCGCUGACUUUCUGCUAUUGGGCCAUGUACAGCGCAGCGACGGUGUCGGCCAUCUACCGUAUCAGCCGUGUGCGGCCCCCGGUGCUCUUUCGACAAGCCGAGGAGUUUCUGUCGUCCGCCCAGCUCGCUUGCCGAUACGGCCUGUUCGCAAGGAUGACGACCACCAGAGAUGAAGUGGUGAUACGAGAACUUCACACGCUGCCCCAAGAUUUGGGUCAACUGGCCAUCAGGGACGGCCUGGCGACCAAGGCCGACGGCAAUACGUAUUGGGUGGAACUGGUCUUCCCGCAUAAGCCUGGCCCUCUAAGUCGUCGCCCGCCCGUCCUUUUCACGCACAUGCCGCGAUUGGAUUGGCAGCUUUGGUUUGUCUCGUUGCAGUGGGCGCAGAGUUCCGACACCCCGCCCUGGUUUGAACACUUCCUGCAGUGCCUGCGCGAGCGACGCGCGAGCGUCCUUGGGUUGGUGGAGCACAAAUCACAGCACCCCGUGCAGGAGCUCAUCCUGCUGCAGUCGCCCAGAGCGACACGUGUUAGUUUCGAAGAUUACGAAUUUUGCAUGCCCGGCAAAGACAUUGGCAUCACAAAGACUGAUGGCAGCUGGGAGUGUGGAGAGUGGUGGUGCCGGAGAUCCGAAGCGCCCACCUCCAGCCCGUUUCAGCAACUGGGAGAAUGGACGGAUUGGUUUUCCUAG